GCGGGCUGGGGCGCCGCGGUGGAGCAAGGGAGUCGGCAGCCAAGCGCCCGCGCCGCGCCUCCCUCCCGGUCCCGGAGGCGGGUAUCCCUCCGCGGGCGGCCGGCCUGACUGGAUGAUCUUCUCCUGCGCCUCACCCGCAGGAACGCUGCCCGACAGGACAAUUUUACGUGUUUGUUUACUUAUAACCCGGUCGAACUACAUUCCCCGGUCCUCAGAAGCUCCUACCGGGCCCGGGUUUCCCAUUCCAGCCUUUGCCCACAACGCUCACCCCGCGAGUGGGGGCAGCUGAAGUGCAGGAGGCGGGCACCGUGUCUCUGCCAGGGUGUGGCAUGUGUCGUGUGGGUGCCUGUUGGCUCUUGCCAGCCUGGCUGCUGAAGCUGGAUGAUGUCCACAGGUGAACCAAGGCAACAUGCCCGGACUCCAGAGCACGUUCCUGGCAAUGGACACGGAGGAAGGCGUGGAGGUGGUGUGGAAUGAGCUGCAGUUCAUAGACAAGGCUGCUUUCACAGUGCACGAGGAGAAGAUCAAGGUCACCUUUGAGCAGCUGGUGGUCGUUGACCAUCCCAACAUUGUGAAGGUGCACAAAUACUGGCUGGACGUGAAGGAAAGCAAAGCCCAAGUGAUCUUCAUCACGGAGUAUGUCUCCUCAGGGAGCCUGAAGCAGUUCCUGAAGAAGACCAAGAAAAAUCACAAAGCGAUGAAUGCCAAGGCGUGGAAGCGCUGGUGCACCCAGAUCCUCUCAGCUCUCAGCUACCUGCAUUCCUGUGAUCCCCCCAUCAUCCAUGGAAACCUCACCAGUGACACCAUCUUCAUCCAACACAAUGGGCUCAUCAAAAUUGGAUCAGUCUGGCAUCGUGUUUUUUCAAAGGCCCUUCCGCCUGAGCUCCACAGCCCUGUCCAUGCAGAGCGGGAAGACCCGCGGAACCUGCACUUUUUCCCACCGGAGUACGGAGAGAUGGCUGACGGCCCAGCGGUGGACAUCUUCUCCUUUGGGAUGUGUGCGCUGGAGAUGGCUGUGCUGGAGAUCCAGUCAAAUGGGGACUCCUCCGUGACCAGGGAGGCCAUUGAGCGAGCCAGGCAUUCUUUGGAUGACCCCAACAUGCGGGAAUUCAUCCUGGGCUGCCUCCUCCUGAAUCCCAGCCGGCGGCCGACAGCACACGACCUGCUGUUCCACCGGGUACUUUUUGAGGUCCACUCCCUGAAGCUCCUGGCUGCCCAUUGCUUUAUCGCCAACCAAUUCCUCUGUCUUGCAGACCUGUGGCCGGAAAAUGUGGUGGAAGAGAAAACCAAGGAGCUGGAUCUCAGCGAGGUGAUGGCAGAGAUUCAGCGGGCAGGGCGGCUGCCAGUGCAGUGGAGAUAUUCAGAACUCUCUUUCCUGGAAUUGGACAAAUUCUUGGAAGACGUCAGGAAUGGCAUCUACCCCCUGAUGAACUUUGCCACCAUCCGGCCCCACACCUUGCCACAGUCCAGUUCCCAGGCCCUGGAAGACCCCCAGAAAACCCAAACCCCCACACCAGAGCCUUUUGAUGUAGAGACACGGAAGGUGGUGCAAAUGCAGUGCAACAUGGACUGGCAGGAGGAGAGGCGGCAAUGGCACCUGACCCUCCUCCUCACCCUGGAAGACAAGCUCCACCGCCAGCUGAGCUAUGAUCUGCUCCCGAGCGACAGUGCCAGAGACCUGGCGGCUGAACUGGUGCACUAUGGAUUCAUCAGCCAGGAUGACCGAGAGAAGCUGGCGGCGUUCCUGGAAGGCGCCCUGCAAAGACCCCAGGCUCCUCCCGGCCGAGGCACCGGCUCCAGCCCCGAGGCCGGCGGCCAGAAGGGCCCGUGAACCGGCACCGCCCGGACGAGGGAGAGGAGAAAAGCCGGCUGCCCACCGGCCCACCUCUGCUUGGACGGGGCCUAUCGCCUCUCGGCCGCCUGCCUUCCUUCCCUCCAACCCACGGAGGCGGCGGCGGCGCCUUCCUGGGACUCGGCCGGAGAAGGACAGGCAGAGAGGCGGCUCCUCCCGGGGCUUCUCCGACUGCAGCUGCUCGCGCGCCGUUCCCCCCCCUCCCCCGCAUUAAAGCGCCAGCAACCGAUGCUCCGCCGGCUUUUGCCGUUUCCCCUCGCGCCACCCCGGUCCGGCGAGGGUGGGCGGAGCGCCCGAGCGGGGCGGGAGGAGCGGGAAAGGCUUUGACCGGUGCACCUCCCUCACCAGGCUGCCCCCCCCAUUAAGAGGCUUCGGUUGGCGGGAGGCGCGGGCCAAUCAGCGGGCUUGCGCAUGCGCUCUAGCCGCCUUCCGCUCCUGAGCCGUCUCGGGUUUGCCCGGCCUCCCGCCGCCUGGUUCUCGCGAGACUUUGGAGCUUGGUGCUCGAGGCGGCGGCAAAAAUGGCGGCGGCUGCGGCGACCACUACCACCACCACCACCGCUGCGCUCUCUCUGGUAAGCGGCCGCGCCGGGCCGGUCGGAACGGAGGAGAGCCGCGCAACAGAGAUGCGGGGCGUCCCUGGUUGAGCCACUGACGGGGCGUGAGGCGAGGGGGGCCCGGGACUACACUUCCCAGCCGCCUCGCGGCACCCUCCGCAGCACGCGCCCCCCCUCCCCCCUGGGCGGGUAGUCCGGCCCCCUGCCCCCUCCCCCCCCUCCCCGGGGUUGCCGGAGCUGCGGCCGGACAGUCCGGGUCAGCCAGGCCGUUUCUGGAGCCAGGCCGCGCCCCUCCCGGGGCCCCGAGGCCCCUCCCGGAUGGCUGGGCGUCAUCGGCCGGUUGAGGAGCCCAUGCCCGCUCCGUGGGGAGGUUGCAUAGGCCGCCACCCAAAAGAAUCCCCGGAGAAAGAGGCUACCCCACCCCUCGCAGGGGCCCCCGAAGGGAUGUCGGAAGCCGGCCUGGAUGGGACAGCGGCUCCUGGACGGUGGGAGGCUCUGUCCCCGUCUUUGUAAAGGCUUCAGGUGAUCCGCUUCUCUUCUUCCGAGGCCCCUUGUGGUUGGAGUUCCAGCAGCUUCUCCCUACCCGCACCCCCCCCCCCGAAGGAUUUCCCGAUAGCAGCUGGGUCCCGAAUGGCUCUGCAAGAGGGUCACAAGGUUGGCUUCCAAAAGGACGUUACGGCCCCCCCCCCUCCGGGUCCUGCCACGUGGGUGUUGACGAGCAUUUGGAUCCAGCCUCUGCUCCUUUUCAGGGCAGUUCUUGAAGGCCGGGUGGGAGAGGGUCCAAGACCACCAGCUCAUGGGUCAAGGUCCACUUGCUUAGAAUCAGCAGAUUGAAACCUGUGCCAGAUAAGAUGUGGCGACAGUGUUGAUGCAGUUUCAGACUUUUUCUAGCCGAUUUCUAAGUCAGCAAAGGCGAAUGAUUCUCUCUGCAACAUUCUCUACUAAGAACUCACGGUGGUACUCCAUGGAUAGUCUGGCCAUCUUUCCCUAGAUGGUCUGGAUCAUAAAAAGUGAAUCUUGAGAAGUUGGAAGUGGUUCCCUGCCUUUUCAAUUUUACCAUCUCUGGAUUGGGCCUCUGCACAACCUGGCUGGUGGAAAUGGCCAGGCAGGGAACUGGGAUCUGGAUUCAAGCUGUGGUCAAUCCAUUUGAGGGAAGGCAAGGCCUCAGAAGUCCUGGAAGAGGGGCAAAUCCUUCCACUCCUCAAGGAGCUAAAUCUGAAUCCAGCAGUUACGAAUUACUUCCAUUAUAUCUCAAAUACUCCCCUUCUCGGGGAAGCUUAAGAAAGAGGUGAGACUGCAGUUACAAAAGCCUCCAGAAGCACUUUGGUUUCAUUCCUAAUCAUGGGAUAGAAACUGCAUUGGUCCCUCUGAUGGCUGACCUGUGGAAGCACUCAGAUGAAGGGAGACCUCCCAAUGGAUUGCGAUGCUGCCAGUCACAGCAUCUUCCUGAACCACAUCUGAGGACUGAGAGUUUCUUUGGUAGGUCUACUCCUACCUGACGGUUUCUGUUGGGAGCAGCAGAGGAAAGAGUAAUUGCUAGAUUCUCUUAUGGAGUGUCCCAAAGCUUCAUCCUUAACUCUUAUCAUAUUUAACUGUUACUUUAAACUCUCAGGAGAGGUCAUAUGUUAGUUUGGGGUGAGUUAUUAUCUGAUAUGUUCUAAAAAUGCCCAGCACUGUAGUACAGCACCAACCUGGACCCAAUGACUGCUAUAAUCUCUUCCCCUCUCCCCCCUUUUCACCUCUCCCACCCUUGGCGGUAACAAACACUUUUUCAAUUUCUGAAAGCAGAAAUCAAACUUCCAAUGCUAGAACCUGAUGAAUGCAUCUUUGGGAUCUAGAACUGAAAAAACUUAAGCCAUAAUUGUGGGCAUAGGACAUCACAGCAGGAGAACAUUAAUGGAAAAAGGAACCCAGAGCUCAAAAUACCCAGCUACAGUCAAAGACAAAAUGUCAGAUACUGCAGAAGCUAGACAAAAUGGUUACUCACUUGAAACUGGUCCAGGUUACCUUGCAGGAGUGUGUGUAUUGCCUGGUAGGAGGUCAAGAAAGUAGAAGUGCAGAAUGAAUGGUGGUUGCAAAGAUUUCCAAGAGCCACCAAAAGGGCUUUGGGUUAGGGAUGAGCAGCAGAAAAGAUGAUUCAGAGAGGAACAGGGCACGAGGGUCUCUUCAUAUCCACAUCACUGGCUUUUAAAGACAUUGAAAACGAUGGGUAGUAGAGGUGGGAGAAGGAAUCACUGUGUGAGCUAUUCAAACAGAAAAGAGGGGAGAUUACUUCCCUUUGGAUUUUCCAAUUAAAGAGGAUGUAUUUCCCCUGAAAAUUGUGAAGGCCAGAAUGAAGGGACAGGUCUAAACCUGACGCUGAUAAAUGCAUGAUUAGGAAUAUAGGUAGUCACCACUUACCGUCUCAUCCAGGCACUGUUCAAAGUUAAAGUGGCACUGAAAAAGUAGGUUCACAACAGGUCCUCGGACUUCCAACCAUUGCAACAUUCCCACAGUCACAUGAUCACAAUUUGGGCACUUUGCAGGGUGCCUUUAUUAUUAUUAUUUUAUUAUUAUUUGCAUUUAUAUCCCGCCCUUCUCCGAAGACUCAGGGCGGCUUACACUAUGUCAAGCAAUAGUCUUCAUCCAUUUGUAUAUUAUAUACAAAGUCAACUUAUUGCCCCCAACAAUCUGGGUCCUCCUUUACAAUGAUAAUGGUAUUCCACGAUCAUGAUAAUGGUAUUCCACGAUCAUGUGAUUGUGACAGCAGAUUUCCAACAAGCAAAGUCAGUGGGGAAGCUGGCAGGGAGUUGCAGAUUUGGGGUGGGUGGGUGUGUCAUAUGAGGAGGUUGUGUUUAAUGAUCCAGAGUGGCUUGCUUAAUGACUACAAAGGGACUGUUGUGAGGCCAAUGUGGCCAUGUCAUGUUUCACUAAAUGACUAUAUCACUCAGUGAUGGUGUUCUAGUCCCAAUUCUGGCUGGUAAGUGAGGACAACCUGUGCCUUUUUUCCUCCUUUCAAUGGGUUAAAUCAGUAGGAAAUAGCUGAACAUCUGGAUGACCCCCUUAUAUAAUUGCUAAGAAAUUCUUCCUUGUUGUGAAGUUGUGUCCGACCCAUCGCAACCCCAUGGACAACGUUCCUCCAGGCCUUUCUGUCCUCUACCAUCCUCUGAAAUUCAUUUAAGCUCAAGCCUACUGCUUCAGUGACUCCAUUCAGCCACCUCAUUCUCUAUCGUUCCAUUCUUCUUUUGCCCUCAAUCUUUCCCAGCAUUAGGCUGUUCUCCAGUGAGUCCUUCCUUUUCAUUAGGUGGCCAAAGUAUUCGAGUGAGAAAUGCUGCACAGCUGCAUAAAGCAGAUCACUAGCCAGAAUGAUUGUUGCUCCUAUCUUGAAGGAGGAGGGUCUUGGGAACUGCUGCAUCCAAACUUUUAAAAGCAGGUCACAGAUCUUUAAGGCUUGGGAGGAUUUCCAGAAAUCAGCAAGAACAAGCCGUGCUGGCUAGCAACACAUCCCAGGAAGUUCUGAUUAUAUUUGCAGAUCACUCGCAUCCUGGACAUAAACUCCUACCCUCAAAACGACGCUAUAGAGCACUGCACACCAGAACAACUAGACACAAGAACAGUUUUUUUCCCCGAAGGCCAUCACUCUGCUAAACAAAUAAUUCCAUCAACACUGUCAGACUAUUUACUGAAUCUGCACUACUAUUAAUCGUUUCAUAGUUCCCAUCACCAAUCUCUUUCCACUUAUGACUGUAUGACUAUAACUUGUUGCUGGCAAUCCUUAUGAUUUAUAUUGAUAUAUUGACCAUCAAUUGUUUUGUAAAUGUUGUACCUUGAUGAACGUAUCUUUUCUUUUAUGUACACUGAGAGCAUAUGCACCAAGACAAAUUCCUUGUGUGUCCAAUCACACUUGGCCAAUAAAAAUUCUAUUCUAUUCUA